UCCAAAAUGUGGUCCUUAAUGCUCCAAACACUACCCAUCAAAGACCUUCCUCUUUCAGCUUAUCUCCUCCUCUUAAUCCUAGCGCUUCACUUUUGGAAGAGUUCCAAAUUAGGCAAAAGCCAAGUCCUCAAGUCACCCCCAGGGCCAUGGAAGCUGCCUAUUCUAGGAAAUUUGAUUCAGUUGGCUGGUCAUCCACUGCCACACUACCCAUUGAGAGACCUAGCCAAGAAAUAUGGACCCAUUAUGCACCUGAAACUAGGUCAGUCGGAGGCUAUUAUAAUUUCAUCCCGCAAAGCAGCCCUAGAGGUGUUGAAGACGCAUGAGAUCACUUUUGCUCAGAGGCCUCUGGUUUUGCAAGUCGAAACCAUCAACUUCGGCCGAGGAAGCAUUGCCUUUGCUCCUUAUGGAGAUUUCUGGAGAGAGGUGCGCAAGAUUUGUGUUUCCGAAUUAUUAAGCGUUAAGCAUGUGCAGGCAUUUCGGUCCAUAAGAGAAGAAGAGGUAAAGAACUUUGUUGAAUCCAUUUCCUCAUCAUCAGCCAUAAAUUUCAGCGAGGAGAGCUUGCUCUUGACAAACGGCAUAAUAUCGAGGGCAGCAUUUGGAAACAAGUGCAAAUAUCAAAAGGAGUUCCUAGCAGUGCUCGAUGAAGCACUGAAACUCGGUGGAGGGUUUGACAUACCUGAUUUGUUUCCUUCACUUCGGUUUCUUUGUUUCGUUACUGGAACCAUACCCGCGAUGAGAAAGAUGCGAGACAAGAUUGGAGUAGCACUUGACAGUAUCAUCGAUGAUCAUAAGAGGAAAAGAUCAUUGAAGGAUGAUAAACCAGCAGGAGCUGAUCAUGAUGAUGAAGAGGAGGAAGAUCUAGUCGACGUACUUCUAAAACUCCAGGAGUCAAGUAAUAAGCUUGAUUUCAAGUUGACAACUGGUCAAAUCAAAGAUGUCGUUAUGGAAAUCUUCGUGGCGGGGAGUGAGACAUCAGCUACAACCCUCGAAUGGGCGAUGUCGGAGUUGCUGAGAAACCCAAGAGUAAUGAAGAAGGCCCAAUCUGAGGUGCGACAAUCAGUACUCCUUACAAGUGAACGAAAGAAAUCAACAAUAGAAGAUACGACGUCUGACAAUGUUCAUCACAAAUUGGAUUACUUGAGAUCAAUUGUGAAAGAAACCCUGCGGUUGCACCCUCCUACUCCCUUGCUUUCAAGAGAAUCAAGGGAAAGAUGCGAAAUCGAUGGAUAUGAAUUACCUGCGAAGACGAAAGCAAUCAUCAAUGUAUGGGCACUGGCAAGAGAUCCAGAACAAUGGGGGGAUGAUGCUGAUUCCUUUAAGCCAGAGAGGUUCCUCCAUGACUCUAUGACUGCCAAAAUCGACUUCAGAGGGAAUAACUUUGAGCUCUUACCCUUUGGGGCCGGUCGAAGAAUAUGUCCGGGCAUGUCAUUUGCCAAUGCAGUGAUUGAGCUAACUCUUUUCCAAUUGCUCUACCGCUUUGAUUGGGAACUGGCUGAUGGGAUAAAACCAGAUGAACUAGACAUGACUGAGAGUUGGGGAGCAACAUGCAGGAAAAGGGAUGAUUUGUACGUCAUUGCCACCCCUCAUUUCCUUGAUUCAAUGACCAAGUCCUAGAAUAGGAGACGCCUAUAUGGCACAUGAGGUAUGGGUCAGUGUGUUAUAUUGUGUGGGUAACUAUAGCGGUAUAGCCUACUUGAGCCUAUUAUUAGGGUGUUAUGGUGUUUGUUUUUCCUUUUAAGUUGUACGAGUUUUUAUUGAGUUUUUCCUUCAAGUUGUAUGAGUUUUUCC